UUUCUGUAAAUUAAGAUUUUAAGUUGUGGUGGACGUUAAAAAUCUUCUAUACUUUUCUAAUCAGCGUUACUGGUUUGCGUUAAACUUAGCUCGUCUCACUAUUAUUAUUGGUGAUGAGUGUGAAGCAUCCAUCCUUUUUUUAGUAAACAUUAGCAAUGAAUGUCCAAGCAUUGUCUCACUCAAAUCCGGGGACAAUAUGUAAUGGAUGGAAGCCUUUGAGGCCCGGAACGAAAAACGAACGCAGCAGCUUCCACAAGAGGCUUUCUACCAGGCCUCUUAGAAUAAGAAUAACAAGGGCAGAAGCAGUCAAAGACUCCUUGAAUUUAGAAUUACGAGCUUCCGAUGCUAACUUGGGAUUUGUUGAAUUUGAAGCAGUUGGUUCUAUUGAUGGAACUACGGCGAUUAGAACCGAGGAAAUUGGACUUAUUGCAAAUGACCAAAAAACUGAAAAUUCUUUUGCUACUAGAAGCCCUGCGAAGAAAAAGAAGAAGAAAGCAGAAGAUAAAAAUGAUUUUACCAGGUUUAAAGUUCAAAACGGUCGAGAGGUUUUUGAAGAGAGAGCAUACCUUGUUGGUGUUGAGCGAAAUGGAAAUAAUGCCUUGUUUGGAAUUGCAGAUUCACUCAACGAAUUAUCCCAACUAGCUGAAACAGCAGGCUUGAAUGUUGUGGGAUCUACACAUCAAAGGUUGGACAGACCGAAUCCUAGAUCAUAUAUUGGAUCUGGUAAAGUUGCAGAGGUUUUAACCACCAUUCGAGCUCUGGAUGUUGAGACUGUAAUAUUUGACGAGGAGCUGUCACCUGGCCAACUUAAGAAUCUAGAGAAGGCUUUUGGCCCAGACGUUCGUGUUUGUGAUCGUACAGCACUUAUUCUGGACAUCUUCAACCAACGGGCUGCAACACGUGAGGCUGCUUUACAGGUCACACUAGCACAAAUGGAGUAUCAGCUACCCCGGUUGACUCGAAUGUGGACUCAUCUUGAAAGGCAGGCAGGAGGCAUGGUGAAGGGAAUGGGUGAAAAACAAAUUGAAGUAGAUAAGCGUAUCUUACGUGAUCGAAUUAGCUCUUUGAAAAAGGAAUUGGAAUCAGUGCGUGAGCAUCGCAAACAAUAUCGAGAUCAUCGUUCAUCUGUUCCUGUACCAGUUGUAUCUUUGGUGGGCUACACAAAUGCUGGGAAAAGCACGCUUCUAAAUCGUUUAAGUGGAGCUGAUGUCCUUGCUGAGGAUCGCUUGUUUGCUACUCUUGAUCCUACUACAAGACGGAUGGAGCUAGCCAAUGCCAUGGAGUGCCUGCUCACUGACACUGUAGGGUUCAUUCAAAAGCUUCCUACACAACUGGUGGCUGCAUUCAGGGCAACAUUGGAGGAAAUAAGGGAUUCUUCAUUGUUGGUGCAUGUGGUAGACAUAAGCCAUCCUCUGGCUUCACAACAGACAGAAGCUGUGAAGAAAGUGCUUGCAGAACUUGAUGUUGAGCACAUUCCAAUGUUGACUCUGUGGAAUAAGGUUGACAGGGUUACAAAUCCUGACAGAAUCAGAGGAGAAGCAGAGAAUAGAGGGGAUGUUAUUUGUGUCUCAGCAUUGAAUGGUGCUGGUCUGCAAGAAUUUUACUCUGCUGUUGAAAAUAAGUUGAAGGAUUCUAUGGUCUUGAUAGAAGCAUCUGUCCCAUUUGAUAUGGGUGAACUUGUUAGUACAGUACAUCGUGUUGGGAUAGUUGAAAAAGUGGAAUAUUUUGAGAAAGGAACUAUGAUCAAAGCACAUGUACCAUUGUCACUGGCAAGACAGCUGACACCCAUGCGACAACCUUGUAUUUUGUAAAUAUCCAGUGUAUUUUAACUCCAAAUUGACAUUGUGUUCACAACUUUUCCAUAUUUCAUGGAGGAAAUCAAGAGCUUCCGUGUAUAUUUGAAAGAUAAAAGAAAAAUGGCUACCUACUAUUGUUACUUUUAUAAUUCAAUGCCCUUUCGAGCCCAAUUGGUGUGAAUUUACAUAGUAAUGAUUCCAAUCUGUAGUCAAAUCUAUGGAACUGUUUGAGCAGAUCCUAUUUCCCACAAUAUCAUCCAGCCCGCCUUUGUUCAAAUUAUGAGUUUUCUCUAUGGGACGUCAAAGGGCUAGCAUUCUUUGUUUUUAUUAGUGAUAUAUGUUUCAGGUGUCUUUUCUGCCCAGUUCAGCAAAAUAUUUUCUAAGAACUAUUGCACAUUUACAGAAUGAGAAAAAAUAUCUAAGCAGCCUACCUUUGUUAACUGAUUUUUCUUUGACUUGGCAUAA